CAAACAAAACAUGGAUUCUUGCCCCCAGGAAUGUACAGCUUAUUGGUGGAGACACAAAUGUGGGCAGGGCAUCACCACGCAGGAUGUGGUCAAGGUUGCGGGGAGACUGAAGAAGAGAGGAAAUGUCUUUCUUUAUUCCAACCCCCACGGGGAAAGGUACCUAGACAUGAAAUUCAGUAGUGACAGCUGGAAAAUAGACCAAAUUAGAGAGCUUGUGCUUAACACGCAAAGUAGCUGCUGGUGUUUCAUCUACUGGUGGCUCUGCAGCUGAGCAGAAGAAGGAAAGGAAGGAGUCCUGGAGAAGAAUUGGAGAUACACGUGUCAGUCGCAGAUAUGGCCAGUACACUAUGAACCAGGAGGACACAACCAAAGUUACAGAGAAGCCACCAUUUGAUCGAUCAAGCUCCCAGGAUUCUUUGGAUGAAUUAUCUAUGGAAGACUAUUGGACAGAACUAGAAAAUAUCAAGAAAUCUAAUGAGAAUAGACAAGAAGAUCAAGAGGUGGUUGUUGUCAAAGAGCCUGAUGAGGGAGAAUUGGAAGAAGAAUGGCUGAAAGAGGCUGGCUUGUCCAACCUCUUUGGAGAGUCUGCUGGCGAUUCCCAAGAAAGCAUGGUGUUUUUAUCAACACUGACUCGGACUCAGGCAGCAGCUGUUCAGAAACGGGUAGAAACAGUCUCCCAGACCUUGAGAAAGAAAAACAAACAGUACCAGAUUCCUGACGUCAGAGACAUAUUUGCUCAACAGACAGAGUCAAAGGAAAAGGCUCCAGAUGGCACUGAAUCUCAGUCAGUCAGAACAAAUGAAAACAAACACCAAGGAAAAGAUGACCAAGCACCUAGGCUUCUUGUUGGUGAGAAGGAACUGAGCCCACUGGUGGCUGAGGAGUCGCCCGUCUCUGAAACAGACAUCAACUUGGAAGUCUCAUUUGCAGAGCAAGCCGUCAAUCAGAAAGAGAGUUCAAAGGAUAGGACACAGAAGGGCAAAGGGGACGAUACCCAGUUACAUAAUUUCAGAUUGCCAAAAGACAAAACGGGCACCACACGGAUUGGUGAUCUAGCACCCCAGGACAUGAAGAAAGUUGGCUAUUUAGCUCUAAUUGAGCUGACUGCCCUCUAUGAUGUAUUGGGUGUGGAAUUGAAACAAGAAAAAGCUGUGAAAAUCAAAACAAAAGAUUCUGGCCUGUUUGGUGUUCCAUUGACAGUAUUGCUAGAACAAGACCAGAAGAAAGUGCCAGGAACUCGAAUACCCUUGAUCUUUCAAAAACUGAUUUCUCGAAUUGAAGAGGGAGGUUUGGAAACUGAAGGCCUCUUACGAAUACCUGGAGCUGCUGUUAGAAUCAAGAAUCUUUGCCAAGAACUUGAAGCAAAGUUUUAUGAAGGGGUUUUUAAUUGGGAAAGUGUCAAGCAGCACGAUGCAGCCAGCCUUCUGAAGCUGUUCAUUCGGGAGCUGCCCCAGCCGUUGCUCAGUACAGAAUAUCUCAAAGCCUUUCAGGCUGUCCAAAAUCUUCCAACCAAGAAGCAGCAACUACAGGCUUUGAAUCUCCUGGUAAUCCUCCUACCUGACGCGAACAGGGACACACUGAAGGCUCUGCUUGAAUUUCUCCAAAGAGUAAUAGACAAUAAAGAGAAAAAUAAAAUGACGGUCAUGAAUGUAGCAAUGGUCAUGGCCCCCAAUCUCUUUAUGUGUCAUGCAUUCGGUUUGAAGUCCAGCGAACAGCGAGAAUUUGUAAUGGCAGCUGGGACAGCUAAUAUCAUGCAUUUAUUGAUUAAGUAUCAGAAACUUCUGUGGACAAUUCCCAAGUUUAUUGUAAACCAAGUGAGGAAACAAAACACCGAAAAUCAUAAAAAGGAUAAAAAAGCCAUGAAGAAAUUGCUGAAGAAAAUGGCUUAUGACCGAGAAAAAUAUGAAAAGCAAGAGAAGAACCCAAAUGAUGCUGACGUUCCUCAGGGAGUGAUUCGAGUGCAAGCUCCCCAUCUUUCGAAAGUUUCCAUGGCAAUACAGCUAACUGAAGAACUAAAAGCCAGUGAUGUUCUUGCCAGGUUUCUCAGCCAAGAAAGUGGGGUUGCCCAGACUCUCAAGAAAGGGGAAGUUUUUUUGUAUGAAAUUGGAGGAAAUAUUGGGGAACGCUGCCUUGAUGAUGACACUUACAUGAAGGACUUAUAUCAGCUCAACCCAAAUGCUGAGUGGGUUAUAAAGUCAAAGUCAUCAUAGAAGACUUAACAAGCUGCCGAUAACCACGAGGACUUACUUAAUAAUACUUGCUGGCUCAAGAUUGUAAAUAAAAGAAAUGGCAGGACUCUUUUAUUGUUCAAAUGUACCCCACUAUUAAAAUGUGACACCCAAACCUUAAAAAAUGAUAGCUUUGUGCUGCUGCCAGAAUUGCUGAUUUUAUUAUUAUUAUUAUUAGAACACCAGUAUCUCUGGAGUGAGAGGAGAGGGACUCACUUGGCUUUUGGACUAUUUACUUGUACUCUGUGAAAUGUGCCCAGAUGUGACAUCGUUUUUUCCUCAUUUGAAAAUAAACUCUCUUCCCUCUCACUUUUUUUUCAAAAUAGCAUAUUCUGUAAUAUAUGCUGUCUCACUGUCCCUCUUCCUCAUCUCUCCAUUCCACCAAUGAGGUUUGCUUUGACCAAAAAGUCUUCCUCCUAAUAACAAAUAUCAGGUGUGGCAGGCUGUUAAGCCAGCACACCUUAAAGUACACCGAAUUCAAUAGUAUUCCUGUCACUGUAGAAUGUUAAUGUUCAUCUCUUUGAA